GUGUCCCUGGUGCACACUUCCUGUUGUGUUUUCUGCUUUUCAAACCAGGAAGAUGGAUUUAUUGUUAAUCAAAUGGCUUGUUUAUUCGGUUUCUUGUGUGUUUUUCGUGGGUGUCAAUUGUAACUCAGUGGAUAAGAAGAUUUAUGUGCACCUCAAUUACACCAUCCCAUGUGUGCGACUGCUUAACGCAACACAUCAAAUAGGCUGCCAGUCUUCUCUGUCAGGGGACGUGGGUGUGCUCCAUGUGCUUGAGUCGGAGGAAAACCUGGACUGGGUGGUACGCUCUGGUCUAAACCCACCUUAUAUGGUUGUCCUGGAGUCCAUGUUCUUUACGAGAUCCAUAAUGAUGAAGCUCAAAGACACUCCCAGCAGGGUGGCUGGUGUUGUUGUUGUGGCACCAAGCACAAAUCCACCAGAGGGCUCCUCCCCGCACACGGGCUGUCCCAACGAGCUCACAGGUGUGUAUUCAGAGAGCUACGGCCCGGCCCUGGCCCACUGUAACGAGACGUUGUGGAACCCAUGGGGAACUGGUCUGUCUUACGAGGAGUUUGACUUCCCUAUCUUCUCCUUGAAGGAUGACAAUGACACCCAGGUCAUACGACAGUGUUACAUGGACCAUAACCGUGCUUCGAAUGGCAGCAAUCCCCAGUACCCGCUUUGUGCCAUGCAGCUCUACUCCCACAUGUUCGCUGUCACCGAUACGCCCACCUGCAUGAGGAGAAAUGACAUCAACUUUAGCCUCACUCCAGAGAUGGUGUGUGACCCGUUGGGGGACUUUAAUGUUUGGGCCUCCACCAAACCUAUUAACAACACAGCCAAGGGCCACAAGACAGGAGAGAAUUUUGUUAUAGCAGCAGCAAGGCUGGACAGCAGAUCUUUCUUCUUCGACAUUGCUCCUGGAGCAGACAGUGCAGCCUCUGGGUUUAUCACCCUGCUAGCUGCUGCACAUGCUCUGCGUAACGCCACCCAGGAGGGUCAACUUAACCGCGCAAUCCUCUACACCUUCUUCCAAGGGGAAACCUUUGACUACAUUGGCAGUUCAAGAAUGGUGUACGACAUGGAGAAUAAUCAGUUCGCUGUGGACAUGGACAAUGUUCACUCUGUGCUGGAGAUUGGACAGGUGGGACUCCACACCGACUCCAAGCUCUGGCUUCACACUGAUCCCGUGUCUACGAGGAACAGCAGUGUCAAUGAAGAGGUGAGGAGACUCAUCAACAACUUGCAAUCGGCUGCCAAAAGCCUGAACUUCUCGGUGGAGGAGCCCAGCGUCACCCAGCCUCUGCCUCCCUCGUCUUUCCAGAGGUUCCUGCGAGCUCGGCCAAUCCCCGGGGUUGUUAUUGAAAACCACGAGUCCGGUUACACUAACAGGUAUUACGAAAGUAUGUUUGACAACGCAGACCUUCUGAAGAUAUCUUACCCACCAAACCUGACGCCGGAGGAGGAGCUAGAAUUCGUUACAGACACUGCAAAGGCUCUGACUAAGGUAGCAACCAUGGUGGCUCGAGCUCUGUAUGCACAAGCCGGAGGAGAAGCAUCCCAGCUGAGCAGCAUCGAGGCCGACCCACUCCUAGUUAGUCAAAUGCUGUACAGUUUCCUGGUUCGGUCCAAUAACUCGUGGCUGCAGCAGCUCAUACCCUCCGACCUCAUGAGCUACCUGUCUGACACGACUACAAACCUCUAUGUCGGUGUGACUCAGCAGCCCAGCAAACCAACGUAUCUGGUCCAGUGCUUGCUGGCUAAUUUUACCGGCAGCACCGUCAACGUCACCCAGGAGGACUGCCAGAACCAGAGGGCGAGUGAGGAUGAUAAGGAAAGCAAACACAUGUACAGCUACCUGUGGGUUCAAGGCGCAGUAGCUCCCAACAGCACAGAGCGGGAAGGUUACUGCGUCCGCUCCACCGCUCGUCUGUCCAAGGCGGUGUCCCCUGCCUUUGAUCUGCGAGAGUACACCUCCAAAAAUUACUCCACGUGGACGGAGUCCAGAUGGAAGAGCAUCAAAGGACGCAUAUUCCUGGUGGCUAGUCAUGAACUGGAGAUGAUGACGCUUGGCGUGGGCAUCAGCGUGCUGGUAAUGUCCCUCAUUCUGACUUACGUCAUCAGCUCAAAGGCUGACAUACUGUUCAGCUCGGGGAGAGAGCCCGCCAGCGCCACCUACUGAUCCACACACAGAGGCGUCUCCGGCCUGCGACCACUACAAUUACUGCAACUACUACUUCUACCCCGACCACACAUGGACAGUUUCCUUAAAAAGACUCAACGCGUGUAGGUACACAGACAGGUUAGUCUCAGCGGCAGAGGGAGCUUCUUUUAGACGACCACUCCACACUUAUGGACUCCCUCAGCUGAGGCCUAACAUUAGAACUAGACUGGACUGGAUAGGCUUGGAUGGAUCUGGACUCAUCAGGGUCACAAAACACUGGUCAGGCACCAGCGGGCCCUGUCAGUGGAAAAUAAGUUUGUUUUUUUUUCUUUUUUUUUAAUCCAAGAAUGUUUUGUUUACUGUGUCAUAAUAGGCACUAAACAUUGAGCAUUAUUUGAGCGUGUGUGUAUGAGUGAGUAUGUAAUGUGGCUGAGUGUGCGUUAGCAGUGGACUGCCCGAUUUAGUGUGUACGAAGAAUCAUGGGACUUGGUGCGUCUGAGGUUUGAAUGGAUUGUAAUGGUAUGUGCAAUACUGUAGCCGUCUUCUUUUGUCAGUGUUGUUAACUUAUCAAUUAGUUCUAAUUAUAGGAAACCACUUUCUGAGUCAAUGAACAAAUACAAUUUGAACUCAAGCCUUUUCUGAAAAUGUGCAGUGAAGUAUUUUGAUACAUUCAAGAACCUGUGAAGUCAUAAAAAAAACUAAUGUGUUGCUUCGUUUCAGGUCUCACUGCAUAUGUAUGCAUCUUCACUUUUUGUGAUUGUUUUUCUUAAAUGCUGAAAAAAAAGAAAAUUCUCCAAGUCCGGCAUGACUGACAAAACGGUUUCUCCCCCCCAACUAUUUAUCGGCUAACGAAAUCUUUAAAAGUAGUGGAACAUCUUAUGUUUGAACAGAAUUUAUGAGUUUAAACACUGAAAAAGUGAUGGUACUCUGGCUGUGCACUUCCUUUAUGUCCGACCCCCCCCCCCCCCCCCCCCGACCCCACCCCCACACACAAUGUAAGAAUAAGUUUAGGAACACAAGGUUUUAACUCUGAUGAUGGGUGUUUAUUAAAUGACUGGAAUCUAAGUCGUGAUGCCUUGGUAAAGAAAUAAACAUCAGCUCUUCUUUUUUUCAAUA